AUGGGCGAGUCCUUCUCGUCACAAUCAGACAACACAAACCAGCCCAACUAUACGCGCCGCCUGGUACAAGACCAGAUCCAGAUCCCAGUCUUCACAGCCGUGUCCUGGACCGUGAGUGGGGCGCUCGCCAUCAGACAUGAGCCCUCGACGUGUCGUAACAGAAGAUAUCUUAUUGGUGUUGCGAUGAACGCCAAAGCCAAUCAGUACGCAGGGGGAGGCGUCCGCCAUGUUAACAGUAAAAGCAAACAGACGCUAACAUACAGAAUGAAAACAGCAGUACAGCGUAUCCAGACGAUCACGGCCACGGACCGCGACGAGCCGUUGGGAGGAAACCGCUUCUUCUUCAGUUUGGCUCAAGACGCCGCGGGAAAAACCAACUUCACCGUCCGCGACAAUAAAGGAGUCAAAGCCCCUCUCUGCCUCUACCUCUCUCCCAUCUCUGGUUGGCUCUCUCUGGGGUCAUCGCAGCAGUCUCCCUCAAACUGCCUCUGUCUGGGGUCUCUCUCCUCGUCAACUCUCAUCUCCUUCCUGGCCCUCUUCAUGCCCGUACUCCCUGCUCAACCAGUUCUGCCCUUCUCUCUACUGGAUCGACACUCUCGUCUCCAUGGUCUCUCUCCCUGGGUCUCCUCUCUGGUCUCCUCUCUCCUGGUCUCUCUCUCUGGGUUCAUCAUGAAGUCUCUGGGUGUCCUCUCUUCUCGUCUCAUCUGCCUGGGUCCUCAAUCUCGUGGGUCUCCGUCUCUGGUCCACUCUCUCAUCCGCUCGCUCUUUUCUGUCGUCUUGUUUCCUAUCGAUCUCACGGGAUUCUCUAUCAAUCCUGGUCCUCGACUCUACGUGUCAUGUAAAGUCGCCCUCCCAGGUGUUCCUCCAUCUCUCCUCUGGUCCUCCUACACUCCCCCAUCUCCCUUCGUCCUCCCUCCACCGCCUCUGUCUCGCGAAAUAGUCUCCUCUGGUCACUCCUCACCCAGCCCCUCUCCUUCUCCUCGCCCACCUCUCCCCUCGCCCUGGGGGGUCUCUUUCCAGUUCAUCACUAUCACUACAAUCUCUCCUCUUCUAUUUCCCUCCCUUUUCUCACCUCUCUCUCCGGUCUCGGUCGCUCAAUCUCUUCCUUCGGGGGUCUAUCCUCUUCCGCUCUCUUCCUCUCGCUCUCCUUUUCUCCCCCCCCAUCCCUCACUCUCCAUCACUGUUCCAUCCCAAUCUUGUCAACCUCCCCCUUCUCCCCUCCCCUCAUCCUCCUCCUCUCACCGAUCUCAAGGUUCUUCUCGCUGGCGUCCUCAUCUCGUCUCGUUCAUCUGCCUCUGGGUCUUCUCUCUCUUCUCCUCCUCUAUUUCUGUCUCAUCUUCCUUCUUCCAUCUCCCAACGUCCCCCCCCCCACCCCCCUCUUCUCGCUCUCCUCUUCUCCGUGAUCGGCGUCUCUCACAUUCUCCUCUCCGCUCCCGCUCUCUCGUUCCUCAUCACAUCCUCCCCCUUCGUCCUCAAGGUCUAUCAUCUCCAUAUGGCACAUCUCCCCUCUCUCUCGCCGUUCUCUCCUCUUCUCUCUCUCCUCCCCUUUCGUCCAACUCUCUUCACAACAUCAAAUCUCCGCACGCUCUCCUCCCUCCUCGCUCGUUUCUCUUCUCUCUCUCUCAUUCGUCUCUGCUCUCUCCAACUCGCUGGGUAUCUUGCCCUCUCCUCGCUCCGGACUCCUUCUCGACUUCUACACUCAUCUUCAGUCAGCGGUUCGUUUUCCACCUCCUACCUCCCUUUCCCUCUCUUCCGCUCUCACUCCUUCCGGUCUCCGACGCUUCCCCUCGCCUCCUUCCUCUCGCUUCACGGCUGGUCUCGCUUCCCUUUCCGUCUCACGUCUCCUUGCUCUCUCCGUCCGCUCCGUUCCUCUCGUCGACGCCCUCUCUAUCAGUUUCCAUUCACAUCUCCGGUUCGCCUCGUCCAACUGGUCUCCAUCCUCCCCUCUUCUCUUCUCGUCUCUCUCCCCCCUUCCCCUCUCCGCCUCUACCUCAACCUGCUCAUGCUCCACUCUCCAUAUUUUCUCCUCUGAGCUCUUACUCCGCCUCCUCCACUUCUAUUCUCUCCUGGUCUCCUUCAUCUGUUCUCAUCCAUCUCUUUCUUACAUCUCCUCUACUCCGCUGCCUCCACCCUCCCGCCCUCUCAUCCCUCCCCCAUUCUCUGCCUCCUCUCCUCCUCUCUCAUCGAUUCAUCCUUCUCCUCCUCAUCCACGCGCUUACAACCAUAUUCCUCCUGCCCCCGCCAUCCUCGCUCCCCGUCAUUCAUCGCUCCUCAUCUAGACAUCUAAGAAUUCGCUCCUCUUCUCCUCCUCAUCAUCCCUCCGUUCCGCACAUCCUCCGUCCCCUUCACCUCCUCUCCGCCUCUUCCUCUCCUUUCCACUCUCCUCCUCUUUCUCUACAUCCCUUCCUCUCCCAUCCCAUCCCCCUCUCAAUCCCCCUCUGUCUCCCUCCGCUCAUCGUGGGUCCUCAGUCCCCUCUCCUCUCUUUCCUUCCUCUCACUCCUCUCUUCCGCUUUCUUCCUCUCUCUGCCAACCGCGACCCUUCCCACACUACAUACUCCAUCUCUCCUCCAUUCGCUCGUCCCUUUCUUCCCUCUCGACGCUACACUCCCUAA